CGGUACCGGUAGUAUAUAUGGAGCCGGCCGCCACCGCACGGAAAUUAUUUGUAUUUUGCAGUGUGUGGCUGUGGCUUGGGCCUGAGGCUUUUUUUAAAUAUUGGGCUUUCUACAAUGGCAGCACAACGAAAUAAUGUCUUUGUCACCGUAGGUACAACAAGUUUUGAUGCGUUGAUAGACGAAAUUUCAAGUGAAAGGACUCUACAGGUUUUGAAGUGUCUUGGUUACGUGAAGGUCAUUCUUCAGAUAGGACGAGGGAAGAUUGAGCCCCAGCAGAUCAAAAAUAAAGAUUUUUGCCUUGAGGUUUACAGAUAUAAGGACUCUAUUGCAGAAGAUAUUCAAAAUGCUGAUCUUGUCAUUAGUCAUGCAGGAGCUGGGAGCUGCUUAGAAACCCUAGGAGCAAAGAAACCACUUCUUGUUGUUAUCAAUGAACUCCUCAUGGGGAAUCAUCAGUUGGAACUUGCAGAUCAGCUGUACAAAGAUAAACACCUAUUUUACACAACACCUAGCAAACUAGCAUGUGAUCUUGAGGGCAUGGAUUUCUCUCUACUAAAGCCAUUCCCUCCUGGUGACCCAUCCAAGUUUUCAUCAUUCUUGGACAAAGCUUUAGGAGUGUCCUGAGAAUCCAUGCAGAGAAGCAAUGUGAUGCAUUCCAAUUAAAGGUUUAUUAAUUUUCCCUGAUACUUAGUUAAAGCAGAAAUACAUUAAAAACAGAUCAGUGCAAUUCAAGAAAAAUCCAAUGAAUUGACUUGUAGAGAGAUUCUCCAUUAUUUCUAAUUGAUUGAAUACAAAAUUUGAAGAAUUCUUGUUUAAUACUCUAUUUCACUAAACCUAAAACAUAAUAACUUGAUUUCCUUAUUUUCUAUGAGUAUCAUAUAUUUAUCAUGGGGUCAAGUGCAAAGGUUAACAAAGUAUAAUUCAUUGUAAUUUCACAGUACAUUUCACUGGAGCAAUAUUGGAAAUUUUGAGUAUAAAAAAUCUAAUUAUUAGAAUAAUUUCUAUCUCCCUUUCAAGAGUGAAAUUUUCUUUGUUUGGAGUACAUGUACGCUUCACAUUUUCUCCUGAAUUUGUGUUGCUGCCACUAGCAGUAAAAUUUGCAACCUCAUCUGUAAUUGGGUAGCCACUCCACUCACAGCUUUCUUAAUGAAUUUUCAAUAAUAUAUUGCAUUUAUUUUAAUACCUAGCGCAAUGCGACAUCACAUAGUAAUCCGUGCAAUGAUGCAUUGUAGACGGUACAUGUGCAACAGUAUAAAUGUUUGGCAUUCAGCCUUCUAUGUGCCUGCAUACAACAAGCUAAGUAUGCAUUGUAUAAAAAAUAAAUGAAUCCUUGUAGUUGUAAUUACGAAAGAGAAGCUGCUCAAGGCAGUGUAUACGUGUACAUUUAUUCUCAUACGGUGCACCCUGAGUCUCUGUCACAAGUGGGAUGUAAACCGUCAUUUCUGUGGACUCAGUGGGCGGGAAGAUCACAAGACCACAUUGGCGCUCAGAGACUAUAUCGAUGUACAUCCAUACUUUACUGAUCUUCAGGGCAAAAGCGCAAGAACAUAUAAGAACAUGUCAACAAGAACGUGUGAACAGAUCCACCCAAAUACAAGUGAAAUAUCACUAUUAGGUGGAUAUAUACAUCCUGGGAAAAAUUAUUAGACCAUGCUUUCUUUCAUGUGGUUUCUGUAUUGUGAGAGUGAAAAUAAUUGAUAAUAAAUCAAUGUCUUUUCUAGAUCUAUAUGAUUUUCAUAGAAGAAAUGUUUAAUUAGGUGGUUUGUCAAUGACAGAUCACCUCUUAAUUUCGUCAGAAUUUUCUUUAUUUAUUUAUUUUUAGCACCUAUGUUUGUCGCCAACUUUUCUCCGAAUUGGUUGUAUCAAAUUGGCUGAUUUUUCUGUCAUAUAUAGUAUCUAUCAUAGAGACGGCAUUCUAAGCUUUUCAAGGUCAUCUGGUCAUGAUGACGUCAUCUACGCGCCAUUUUGUAAAGUUCUUAAUUUGAUCAUAUCAACAUAACGGAUCAUUAAUAAUCAAUCAUAUUCACAUCAAAUAAACUUUAGGUCAAAGAUCAUCUGUCAAUGUCAUCAAAGGUCAUGUAAAGGUGUAAAGGCAUACGCGUGCGUCAAAGCAAAAAAAAUUCUCAAAAUGGCCUAUAAAAAUUUUUGGGUACGUUUCAGGUCAUUUUAAGCAUUUCAACAUUUUGCGCGGGCGCACGUAUGCGCGCGCAUUUUCGUGCGUAACAGCGUUACGCAUUAUAAAUUCGCUGUUUUUUCUAUGCGAAUCUAUUAUUGAUAUAAUUCUGAUCAAAUUGAUACCUCGAUCAGCUCUCUACGAUCAUUAAUGAGGGAAUGAGCACCCAUUAAAGUUUACAGCACGCAUGCGCGCGAGCUCUUACCAUAGGCUCUAUAUGGGCAAAAACAUGCCUAUUCAAAAUUCACUGGAGCUCUUCAGAACGAACGGGGACCCCCAAUUUUUUUUCAUAUUUCGAUAGAAUAUGAAUCAUACAUAUGAUUUCAUGUCUCAUUGGAUCCUAACGUAUAUUAUGACGUCAUCAAAAUGGCGUCGAAAGUCAAAAUAUCAAUUUUGCGUGUUAUGACGUCAUUAUAAUUAUGCAAAUUUGGCUCUAACUCCGUGAAUAUUGGUCAAUUUUCGCCCAAUUUCGGAUAUGUUGUAGCUUAGGUCCUACUCUUUCUGUAUUAUUAGGUGGUCUGUCAACGACAGAUCACCUUUUAUGUUUGUCCGAAUUUUCUUUCUUUAUUAUUUCUUAUUUUUAUUUCCUCCAUUUCUUGUGGACAGCAAAUCUCAGAAAGUUCAUAUUCAAUAAUCAUCAAAAUAUCACCACAUAUCAACAUCAAUAAGACCUCAAUUCUGCAAGAAUCUUAAUGUCAUGACUUCAUCAUGACGUCAUCUAGACGCCAUUUUGUAAAAUCACAUUAUCAAUCAUAUCUCCAUUAUCAAUUAUCAAAAAUAAAUCAAAUUCACAUGACAUAAACUUCAGAUCAAGGGUCAUCAGGUCAUGUCAUCAAAGGUCACCUGAAGGUCACGACGCGCGCGUACGCGCGCGUCAAAAUUUUAAAAUGCUAAAAAUCACUUUUUGACCAAAACAGAGUACGUUUUAGGUCAUUUUAAGCAUUUCAAAAAAUUGCGCGCGCAAACGUAUGCGCGCACGUUUCCGCGCGUAACGCCUCAAUGCAACUCAGAAACACUGUUUUUUUUAUUUCAUUGCAUUGAUAAUAUAAUUUUGAGCAAUUUGAUGCCUUGAUCAACCUUCUACGAUCAUUAAUAAGGAAAUUAACACCCGUUAAAGUUUGCAGCACGUGUGCGCGCGAGCUCUCACUAUAGGCCAUAUAUGGGCAAAAACAUGCCUAUAGAAAAUCCGCUGUAGCUCUUCAGAACGCAUGGGGACCCCCAAUUUUUUUUCCAUAUUUUGAUAGAGUAUGAACUAGAGUUAUAAUUUCAUGUCUCAUUUGACCCUCAAUUAUAUUAUGACGUCAUCAAAAUGGCGUCGGAAUUCAAAAAAUCCAUUUUGCCUAUUAUGACGUCAUUAUAAUUAUGCAAAUCUUGCACUCCGUGAAUAUUGGUCAAUUUUCACCCAAUUUUUGAUAUGUUGUAGCUUAGUUCUAACUCUUUCUGAGUUAUUGCCUUUAUUUUUCAUUUUGAUAGACAAAUCAUCCUCAAAAAUUGCAAAUAAUAAUGGCAUGUCAUUUUUACUCAUUUUGCGUGUAAUCUCUAUGGGACAUGACUUUUUCUCAAAACUAGAUUCUACAUUCUUCUAUUUCGUAAGCCAUAUCUCCAAUUUUUGUUGCUAGUUAUCCCUGAGCUUUUAGUAUGUUGUAGCUGAGAUUCUAAGCUUUCGGUUGCGUUUCCUUCAUUUUCCGAUCAGAUGUCGGGAUCAUGCCCGUAAUUCACUUGCAAGAUUGGAUUUGAGAUUCUGGUGUUUUGCUUACGUGUUAAGUCUAUGGGAAAUAUUCUAGCUCAAUCGGUUAGGCGUCAGACUUACUUCUCAUUCCAUCAUGCAGGCAGGGGUUCGAGUCCGCGGGUGAACAUGAUUUUUUUUUUUUUUAGCUAUCUUGCCCCCGAUCAAUUAUAAGAAUUCUAACAAAUAAUAGCUAAAAUAUUGCAAAAUAAAACAGAUUAUAAUUACUUUUUAUAUCAUAUCUAUUUAUCUGUCUGUCUAUCUACCUACAUCACAUCUCUCUGUCUAAUAUAUAUUUUUCUGUUUGAAUACGUCCCUCUCUCUCUAUCUAUCCAUAUGUCUGUCUGUCUAUCUACCUACAUUGUAUAUCUAUUCUGUCUGUUUAUCUAUCUAUCUCUCUCUUUGUGUGUCUAAUACGCUAUAUUUAUUAUUUAUUUAUUUAUUUAUUAACAAUAUUUCAACAGGAUACCCAAUCAACAAAAAAUUGCUCUCCCUUGGGGUCCUGCAUAUUAAAAAAACAAUCACAAUAUAUCUUGUUAUAAACAUAAAAUUAACAUGAGAAAAUGUACAUACAUUAUGAUAUAUAAUUAUAUUUAAUUAUUAUAUAUAUGUAUCUAUCUGUUUAGAUAUGUCUAUCUAUCUAGCCAUCUAUAUAUCUGCCUGUCUCUAUCUAUCUAUCUAUAUAUCUGUCUGUCUGUCUCUCUAUCUAGCUAUCUAUCUAUUCAUCUAUAUGUCUGUCUCUCUAUCUAUCUCUGUCUCUCUAUCAAUCUAUAUGUCUGUCUCUUACGAGAUAGCUCGUAAUAGCUUCAUGAUAUGUCUGUCUCUCUAUCUAUAUGUCUGUCUAGAUCUAUCUGUCUAUCUAUCUAUCUGUCUGUCUCUCUUUCUAUCUAUAUGUUUAUCUAUGUUUUAUUAAUAUAACCACCAAUCAUCUCUCUCUCUCUCUAUCUAUCUAUAUAUCUAUCAAUCAAUCUAUCGAUCUAUAAGUCUGUCUCUCUAUCUAUCUAUAUGUCUGUGUCUCUAUCUAUCUAUAUGUCUGUCUCUGUAUCUAUCUAUAUGUCUAUAGAUAGAUAUAUAGAUAGAUAGAUAGUAUCUAUCUAUCUAUCUAUAUAUCUAUCUAUAUAUCUAUCUAUAUGUCUGUCUCUCUAUCUAUCUAUAUUUCUGUCUCUCUGUCUAUCUAUAUGUCUGUCUAUCUAUAUAUCUGUCUAUCUAUCCAUGAAGCUAUCACGAGAAGGAGAACCAUCUUCCAAUUUCUCUCUUAAUCCUUUGUUAUCGCUUCCUUGAGGCGAAGGAACGAUAUCUAACAUCGAUCGGCGAGCCGCCAGGCGAAAGUUAGAGCCCGCUUACAUAACGCGAUAGGACCACGCAUGAAGCUAUUACGAGAUAGCUCGUAAUAGCUUCAUGAUAUGUCUGUCUCUCAAAUCUAUAUAUAUAUUUCUGUCUAUCUAUCUGUCUGUCUCUCUUUCUAUCUAUAUGUUUAUCUAUGUUUUAUUAAUAUAACCACCAAUCAUCUAUCUAUCUAUAUAUCUAUUAAUCUAUCUCUUUAUCUAUAAGUCUGUCUCUCUAUCUAUAUGUCUGUCUCUCUAUCUCUAUCUAAAUGUCUAUGUUUUAUUAAUAUAACCACCUAUAAUUUAUCUCUCCAUCCAUCACUCCAUCCAUCUAAUAUAAUUAGGUGGUCUGUCAAAAAUUGACAGAUCACCUUUUAUGUUUGUCCGAAUUUUCUUUCUUUAUUAGGUGGUCUGUAUCUCCAUUGUUUUAGCUUCGUUUUCACUGAGCUUUGAGUAUGAUGUAGCUGAGACUCCAAGCUUUCUGUAGUGUGCCCUCCAUUUUUCAAUCAGACAUCAGGAUCAUACUGUAAUUUUGCUUGAAAAAUUAAAUUUCAGAUUCCCGAUUUCCGUCUACGUGUAUUACAUAUGGGCAACUGCUGUGGUCUAUUGGUUAAUCACUUGGACUGAUAAGGCCCUCAUUCCACUGAACGAAGAUCCUUUAAAGACCACUGAAAGAUCCCAAAUUGGUAAGUUCUUUCAGCAGUCUCUAAGACCAUAGGAAAAUACUGUCUCAGUGGAAUGGCUCUGAAAAACCUGAAAGACCACUGAAAGACCAAAACAACUUUGUCAACAAGAUCCCCUUAGGAUCUUGAAGACAGCUGAAAGUCAACUGAAAGACCAAUAAGAUCAUGGAGAGAUCACUGAAAGAUCAUCUGACACAUUGCCAGAGAUCUUCGAAAGAUCCAUCAAGAUCUCUGAAAGACCAACUGAGACCAAUGAAGGAACAAUGAAAGACUAACCAAGACCCUCAGGAGAACUCUGAAAGACUGACUGAGACUACUGCAUAAGUUUGAAUGAACAGAUAACAGCUAGUGUUCUGUACAAGCUCAUUGAUCCUGGACAUAUACUUCUGAUAGUCUGCCUAAAAUCUCUUCAGCCUUCUCCCUCCACAAUGGUUCUUUCUUUAGUGUAUUCUUGUAAUCCUUGAGAUUUUUGUUGUAAAAUUCUGGGUGUUUACAGAGCCAUUCUAGCAAAUUUUCUUCUUCUCGUUCAGAAAGUGCCCAUGAUGCUUUUUCCUUUCAUUUUUUUUUCUGGUUUGCUCUGCCCUCUGAAAUAUUAGAGUCCGACUCCGCCAUAAUUUCAUCCGGGGCGUCUUCCAAAUCAGGAGGCAUCGGGUUAUAGGCAGACCUUUUUUCCUUGUACGGCAUGAGUAAGACUGAUUUAAAUUUGUGUGAACAGAGUGAGUUCAAAUAUUGAAAUGCCGUUGUUUUUAUAAUUGCUUUGCUGAACUUCACUAGUCCCUCGGUGAUCUUUCAAUGGUCUUUCAAUAGUCUUUCAGAGAUCUUUUAUGCAAUAAAUGAUCUUUGGACGAUCUCCAUACAUGUCUUUCAUUGGUUUCUGUAGACUUAUGCAGUUUUUUAAAUGAUCCCUCCUUGAUCUCUCAGCAGUCUUUCAGCGAUCUUGGCAAAAAAAAUUGGAGACUGUCAAAAGAUCAUGGAAGGACUAAUAAGACCUUUGAUAGUUUAUUGAGAGAUCGCUGAAAGACUACUGAGAGACUACUGAAAGACCAUUUUCCUGAAAGACCGCUGAAAGACUGUUUUGAACUGUUUCAAAAAGUUUUGGAGAUCACUGAGACCAUGAAGACCACUGAAAGAUUUGUCAGGAAUCGUAAAAGACCUUGGAGAUCAUUGAAAGACCAUUGAAAGAUCAAGCAAAUUUCAUGGUCUUUCAGCCAUCUUGCUUCAGUGGAAUGGGGGUAUAAGUAAAAGGUCCCCGGUUCGAGUCCGACUCCUGCAACUUUUUUUUUCUUUGUUAUUCUUUUUUUCACCUUAUUUCUUAUGUCCAUUGGAAUGUAUAUAGGUACACAUAUUGCAAUAAAUAACCAUUUUAAAGGUCA